AUGGCAAGGUAUUCGGAAACAUAUCCAAGAGUUAUUUUUAUGUUUGAUUAUACAUUAGAUGAAGCAAUAUUACUUUAUCGUAAAUUAUUUUAUUCAAUAUUUGAAAAAAUACCUUCACAAUGUGAUACAAAUAAAUUAUUAGAUCAAAUUGAUGGAUCAACUUCAAAAUUCUUAGAUGUUAUUGUUGAUUAUGGUAGUGCAUUUGAAACUGAACAUUUAAAUUUAAUCAGAUGUGCUUUUCCACAUUCUAUGAUCUAUUCAAUUGAUACUUUAUAUGAAGAUCUUGAUUUAUUAAUCUAUAAAUUAGAUAAUAAUGAAAGAAAAUGGUGUAUUAUACCUGUAUUUAGUUCUACAAAUGAAUCUGAUCGAUUACAAUUAAUUGAAUUAUUACAUCAAGAAAUUGAACAAUUAUUAUCAUUUUGGUAUGGAAUGAAUGUAUCAAAAUUUGAAUUUGAUCAUAAAAUAAAUCAAUUACAAACUUAUGAUCCAUAUACAGAAAUAGUUGAUUUAGGAAAGAUUCAUUUUAUUGAUACAAUUGAUAAAUGUGAAAUAAAACCAUGUUCUUUAUUUAUGGCAUAUAAUACUCAUCAUGCAAAUCCAAAUGUUGAUUCAUUAAUAUUAAAUGGUCUAAUACAACGUAAUUAUACAACGAUUGAUAUAGUUUAUUGUCGAUCAUGUAACUAUUCAUAUGUUCAAAAAAAACCUCAAUUAAGUAAUAAUCGAAACUGGGAUAAUGUAUAUUCUCAAUUAGCUCAUUUAAAAUCAAUCAUCGGUGAAAGACCAAAAUUAGUAUUAUCAUUACCAGAAACAAAUAAACUUCGUUGGCUUACUAAUGAUAUGAUUGCACAAUUAUUAAAUGGAAAUUUACGAAGUUCUUGCACAACUAAUCAAAAUGAUCCGAUAACGAAUUAUUUCGGAUUAACUAUCCAUUUUUAUUCAUUUAUAUUCACAAGAUCAAUUUUUAAAGAUUAUAUUGAUUGUAUUUAUUUAAAUUCAUUUUUAAACAAAGAUAAUUUUACUUCAUCGAUGAUUCAACAAUGUAUUGAACAACAUAUUGGUUAUCCGUGGAAAAAAAGAAUUCUUCCCAACAAUUUUGUAAAAGAAUGUCUUUAUGAAAUCUUAGGACCUAUUACUAAUCUUCAUAUUCAUAUUGAUUCUAAUAAUGCAUUUAAAUAUUCAUUGGAAUUAAUUCAUCAAUUAAAAACUGAAAAUUCAACUGUUGAAAUAGAAAUAUCUUUUGAUGAUGAGAAAUUAACUGAAGAAAUUUAUGAACCAGUUGUUAUUUUAACAUUUGAAUGUAAUGAAAAUUAUGUUUUAUUAUAUUUAGAAUUGAAUUGUUUUAUUCAAUAUAUUUCAACAUGUCAAUCAUUAGAAGAAAUUCAGAUAAAAAUUCAAUCAUCUGUUCAAUUUUCUUUUUCAUUAAGUCAAGGACAAUCAAUUAAAUGGCAUGAAAAUCUUUCAUUUAUUUAUUCAACUGCAUAUGAAGAUAAAUAUUUUGAAGAAAUUCGUAAAAAUAUUUUAUCAAAAGGUUUGAAAGAUUUAAUUUUUAUAACUAAAAAAUUAUCUAUUCAUGAACGAAAACAACCACAAUAUCAUAAGAAUCAAGCAAUUAUAUUUUUUGAUUUUUCAACAUAUAAUUAUCAAUAUGAAAUGAUUCCAAAAGAAUAUGAUAAAUUUGAUCAAUGGAUUUGGGAUGAAGAUAAACUAAGAUUUACUGGACCAUUUAUAACUUUAUAUCCAAAUAUAUCAUCUUAUCAACUUUCAUACUAUCCUCAACAACAUCCGAGAACAAAUGUUGCAGGAAUUUAUAAUUUACUUUGUAAUAAUAUUUUAAUAAUGUAUCAAUGGCGAAGUUUCUUGUUAUGGAACAAUCUUUUCAAAUGA